UCUGGGUGCAAAUGUCCGUGGCAGAAGGAAAGGCCAAGGCAAAGGCCCUAAGGCUAAUCCAUGCCUGGAGCUUUUGAGGAAGAGCAAACUGGAGGGUGGGCAGGGAGGAUGAGAAGAUUUGAGAGAUGCUGGAGCAGCGACUGGCCUGGGAGAUCUGUGCCCUGCAGAGCAGCAAGGAUCAGCUGCUCAUCGAAGAGAACUCCCUGCGAGCCAAGCUGGAUCUGGUGGGACAGAGGCUGCGCUCGCUGCCGCUGCCGGUGGUCGAGGGUGAGGGCCCCGUGGCAGCGAAGGAAGGGUGAGACGGCAAUGGGGGCUUUGGCGAGGGGGAAGGGGUGCGGAGGAAGAGAAUGGGCCUUUGCUCCCCGCAGCACCACCCCCACCCCAGAAGGGCAGGCUCUGGGGCUGGUAGGCGGGGCCAUAGCAGGUGGGGUCGCCUUGUCUCAGUGGCUUCCUGCUGGACUCCCUCGACUCUUGGUCUCUUCUCCCUCCUCUUCUCUCCUCUGCCCCUUCUCUGCAGGCCGAAGGCGGAGCUGGAGAAAUUCGGGGAGCAAGUUCCCACCCAUACCCAGGGCAGCUCAGAGGACGGGGCCGACAGAGGAGAGGUCGGGAGCCAGGGAUGGAGGCACGGCGGGCAGAGAGGGAGACAGAGGGGGCGAGGAUGUCCCCAGAGCCCCUCGGACAGAGGGUCCGAGGGGAGCAGGCCCCCUGCCCCACGCCGGGUGGUGCCGGUGACAGGGCAAAAGUAGCUGAGGGCCCGCAGCUUGACUCUCUGCGCCUGCCCGCCAGGAGGAGGAAGCACCCGGAGCCGCCAGUGGAGCUGGACUUGACGCCCCGCUAGUCCAGUAGGACCCACCUGGUCCCCAGUGAACUUCGACGCCCGCCAAGAAAUAAAGGCAGUGAUUUCAGA